AUGACGCGACUGGCGCCAUACAUCGUAUACAUUGCCUCUCUCAUUCUAACCACAACCAUAAGCAGUGUCCACGCAGAGGAUUGGGGCCCCGGUGGCUUUCGUUAUCCGCCCAUACCAACACAAUACGUCGGCCAUCCCACGAACACCUCCAUAAAAGCCGUAUGGAGCGAGAAGGGAAAAAAGUACCUUACCACAUCCGACCGAGCUUCUCGCUGCGCUGCCGUAACCGACGGACUCAAGCCAUUUCGAAUCAUGGCAUACGACGCCGGCUCAGACAAACCGUUCUGGAUCGAGGGCGUCGUCCUCGAGGAUACAGGCUUCCAAGGGGAUAGUCUCGAGGUCACGGGCUUCCGACUCGUCAGGAACUACCGUCAACCCACCCAACAAUUCCCGCUUACGUUCUACCAACGCAAUAACUCGCUCGUGUACUGUUACGAGCACGUGUCGCACAUCGCGACCACUGGCACCGACAACAACGACAAGGACGAGAUGCGGGUUUUCCUGCAUGCCCAGAAUGAUCUUCCUGAGCAGUCGACAGAGAUACAUGUGGAGGAGAGGCCGGAGGGCUAUGUUGUGCUCUCGACUAACGGCACGGCGCCUGAUCGGACAGUCGCUUGUUGGGCUGAGAUCUGGAAGCACAAGGCCUACGAUCAGCUGUCUCUUGUUGCGGAUGUGCCUAAGAAUUGCCAUUCGAUUCGUGCAAUGAAGAAGGAGUACAUCUAA